CCAUACCACUGCAGCUGAGAGAGGACGAGGUGGAGGAGAGAGAGAGAGAGAGAGGUGUGAGGGAGAGAAGAAGGAGAAGAGGGCGAAGGCUGGAGCUUGGAUCCGAGGACAGAAACAAAGCUGCCGGCGUGUGGUGGUGCCGAAUGUCGAUGGCGUGCCAUGACCUGCACGUGACCACGGCGCUGGCUCUGGUGUGCGGUCUGGCCUCCGCCGGGGCCCUGCUGGGGGCCACCCUCCUGCCCCAGUGGAGGGUCCAGCGCCUGCAGUCCCCUAACCGCAACGACCGUAACGUCACCGUGUCAGACGGGCUGUGGAGCCGGUGCGUGCGCUUCGAGGGCUCCGGCGUCGGCGGCUGCUCCCUGGACGAUCCCACGUGGUACCGGACCCUGGACCAGCUAGACCUGAGGCUGCUGCAGUUUGCCUUGCCCCUUUCCCUGCUGGCCGCUUGCUCUGCCAGCCUCCUGUGCCUGCUGGGCAUGUGCCACGGGGCUUGCAGCUCCAAGAUCCGCAGCGUGGACCUGGUGAAGUGCCUGGUGAACGCGGCAGGCUGCCAGCUGGUAGCCGGCACACUCUACCUGCUGGCGGCAGCCCUGGUCUGCGCGCCGUCCCUCUGGCUGCUCUUCCACACGGCCGAGCUGAGCCGCCGUCACCCCUCCUCCUGGAGCCCCGGCCUGGCCGCCUUCCUGGCCCUGGGCAGCGGCGCCGGCCUCCUGCUGGCCUCGGGCCUGCUCUUCCUGUGGUACUGCACCUGCCGCCCGCUGCCCCCUCCCUUCUGGCAGCCGCUGGGCUCCUACCCCGAGAGCCUGCAGGCGCACAGCGUGGGGCCCUACUCCCGGCGCUCGCGACUCUCCACCCUGGAGAUCGAUAUCCCCAUCAUUCCCCAGCAGGUUCGCUGAGGGGACAUGAGAGGCUCCUGCAGUGGCGGAGUGGGGAGAGGGGAAAAGAGGCUCCUGGUGGGUGGUGUCAGGGGCUCUUGGGGGUUUGGGUAGGAGGGGUUUGGCCAAAACCCCUUGGGAACCCCUAUUCCAGCGGCGUCAUAUUCUCUCGUCUCCAGCAACCCCCGCUUCUGCACAGUUACCUGGAGUAUUUGCUCCCAUUUCUCCCCACCCCCUGGGUCUUGAUACCCUGUGUUAGCCAUUCCAGUACGCACACUCCCCUCACCCCACCGACCCCACCCCAUACACACACACACACAUCUACAUAUACACACACACACGCACAAACAGACACAGACAGACAGACACACACACACACACACACACAUACACAAACAGAUAGACAGACACACACACGCACAAACAGACACACACACACACACAGCCACUGUCGUUGUCUUUAACUGGGUCUGACAAUAUGCACUGAUGUUCAACGUUAAUCCUGCCCCAGUUGGGAAUGGGAUGGGUAGUGAACAGGGGAUUUUUUUUGUUCAAUUCCCUACCCACCCUAUACCCACCGCCCCCCCCCCUCCCCACCACCACCAUCACCACCUCACUUCCUAGGGAGGUGAUGGGGUUCAGAUUGUGGGCUCCCCUCUGAGUGACAGAGUUUGAUCGCUGUGGUGGGGUGUUUGGGUGGGGGUGGGGGUGGGGCUGGGGCUGGGUGUGGGUAUAAUCAUUCCCAUUGUGUGUGUGUGAGGAGGAUGGUUCGGGGGUUGUCAUAUCCAGUAUGAGGAAGACACUGAGCGGAAUUUAAGACUGUGAUAGAUAGAUUCCUGACCGGUAAGGGAGGGAUCGAGGGUUACGGGGGAAGACAGGAGAAUGGGGUGAAGAAACAUAUCAGCCAUGAUCGAAUGGCAGAGUAAACAUGAUGGGCCAAAUGAUCUAAUAGUGCUCCUGUACCUUGUGGUGUGCUGGGGCUGAACCACACACGCACAGUCUCUCACACGCACUCUCUCACACAUGUGCACUCUCACACACGCACACUCUCUCACACGCACACUCUCUCACACGCACUCUCUCACACACACACACUCUCUCUCACACACACACUCUCUCUCACACACACUCUCUCUCACACACACUCUCUCUCACACGCACACAUUCUCACACUCACACACACACACAUUCACUCUCUCUCUCUCAUACACACACACACAAAGACACACACACACACACGCACACACACAGUCUCUCACACACACAUUCACUCUCUCACACACACAUUCUCUCUCUCUCACGCACACACACUCUCUCUCACACACACACUCUCUCUCACACACACACACACACACACACACACACACCUGAAAGCCAGUCUCUGUAGAGGUGUCUGUGCAACAUUUGGCACUGGUAAUCUGUUUUCCCUGUAUUCUGACAAGAAGCAAUAUCCGUCUCUCUCUCUCUGUCUCUUAUUGCUGAAAUGUGCACUGAAACAUUCUGUGAAAUUAAACGGAAAAGAAAAAAUGUU